AAAACAUGUCACGCAUCUUCUAAACAGGUUGCUGUAAAUUUGAAUGCUGAAUGAGCAGGUGCCGAACAUUUUCAAUCCACCACCAGGCUCAAUACACCCUUUCAUGUGUGUAAUUAUAAAAUGGAACGGAAAAUUAUUCUAAUUGGCAGUUAUUUACCAGUGUGUGGGAGCUGUUUUAUUUUCAAGGAACAUUGAAGCUAUAAGGAACUCAGUCAUUAGCACUUGGGUGAAAACACGUCCAGACAAAGAAGGUUGGAUAAGUCACAGGAUGGGAAUGCCGGACCGGGGCGUCAAACAAGGUGAUACAGUAUCCAUAACAACUAAGAAAUGACGUCGCAGAAGCAUUGGUUACAUUGGUCAUUUCAGCCAAUCAGAACGAGAAAUUGAACUUUGAUUUGGCGCCGAGCCCUGGACCACCUGCUCGAUGUUGUACAAUUCACCUGUGGAAUUAUUAAAAGAUGUUUAGUAGCCGAUGUCAUCUUAUUCUCCUCAAAUGAUGCUUCAUGUUUAGUGCACAUCAAAGCAUUGGAAACCUGGCAUCGAAAAUACUAUGAAUGCAACCACUAAAGGCAACUCGCCCCUUCAACUAAGACUAAACGUAGCUGUACCUUUUGUAUCUAUCUUGACURUCAUUGGAUUGACGUCUCUUGCCACAAAUGCGAUAAUCGUUGCGAUAAUUUGCAAGUAUUGGAAGAGGAGAAAAGGCUAUGAGCUGUUCAUCUUGCAAGGCGCAGUAAUCGAUCUCGUAACUACGGUUAUCACAAUCCCCUUUUGGGUUUUAAUUGCCCUUCAUCAUAACAAGUUCGACAAUGGAAUCGUAUGCCAGCUGAAUGCGUCUGUAUGCUUCAUAGACAUUGUUGCCCCUGUGAUAUUCUUAAUGUUGUCGGCAGCGUACAGGCACACCGCGUUAAUGGGACACGAAGCAUAUAAACGUAUAUUUACAAUUCGACGCUCUUACACUUGGGUCCUGUUGUCCUGGAUAUUGAGCAUUCUGCUUUGUUUGCCGCAAAAUUUCGCGUGGGUUUCUAUGCCYGAAGUAACGUGCAUCCCGGAUUUUGUAUCAAACAUUUGGUUUUCAAUGUACAUGCUUGUUUUCUUCUUCUUCUUACCGCUGGGUGCAACAAUUUACGCGCACGUUUAUGACAUAUUCUUAUUUCAGCCUGAGAAAAUGUCAAACAAGACAGGACCUUUGUAUCAUCUUUGUACAAAACGCGCUCUCCGCGGGAAGGAGCUUGAGAUUCAAAAAUCCAUGUUAACAGUGGUUGUGGUACAUACAUGUUGUUGGUUGCCGUAUGUGUUGCUUUCAAUCGCCCAGAACUUGGCAGAUAGUAGUGGAUUUUAUGUAAUGGGGGUUUCCUUUCAUUUUAUUACUCUGACAUUUGGUUUAGCAGGGACGUCGAUAAAGGGGACAUUSUACUGCUUUGAAAAUCCUCGGAUAAAAUCACACAUUAAGGAACUGUUUGGAUUGGGGGACAGGACUGUACGGAGAAACAUAGAAACCGAUGGUUAAAAAUUCACCGCCUCUGGGAUCUUGUUUACUGUGAAUUUCGAUAACAAGGUCACUGCGGUAGAUUCGUGGAUUCUCAAACAACACGAACAAGAAAGACUGAAUGCCCUUGCCUUCAGCAAUAUAACAAAUACACCGAUUAUCUAAAACACGAUUGAAAUCUACCUCGGCCGGUGGUAAAUGAGUUGAUGCCAAGAAAUUACCACAAUAAUUAAACUCAAAAUAAUAUUUUGAAAAUCUUCCAAUUCAAUAUGAAUUAAUAAAACACAAAUUCA